CUAGAAAGGCUCCACGCAAAUUACAAAUUCAAAUUUUGAAAAGAGGAGAGAAGCAGGGAAGCAGCCAUGGCAUCUGGAGGCAUCAAAGGCUAUUACAGACAGAAGAAGAGCGGCGUUAGUAAAUCACCUGCAAAGCCCAAAUCGAAACCAAAGUCUUCCACCAAGAAAUCUUCAAAAGCCGCUGCAAGCUUAGGUUCUGAUGGUGCUCAACUAUCCGCCCUCAUCUCUCACGGUUCCCUCGACCUUCAAGGUGAUUAUGACGAGAGUGAGGAUUUGUUGAGGCAGUUUGACAUGAACAUGGCGUACGGGCCCUGCAUUGGGAUGAGUCGAUUGGAUCGAUGGGAGCGUGCCAAUAGUCUUGGUUUGGAUCCGCCAAAAGAAUUGGGUGAUCUUUUGAGAGGAGGUAAAGUUGGGGUAGAAUGCUUGUGGGAUGGUCGUGUUUAGGAAUUUAGAGGUUAUGCUGAUGAACCAGUACUAAAGAAAUGACUGUCUUCGGUGGAUUGUACAGUUACUGGCUGUACUGUGGAUUGCUCUUUUGCUUAUGAACUAAUGUUUAAUGUUGCUAGACUAUUUAGAGAAAAGUAUGGAGACGUUUUUAGUUCAAAACACUUCUUAUUUAUGUAUGUAGUUUUCUGGGUUUACUUUC